CUAUCCCAGUGUAGUCCCCCAUCUUUUCAGCGGUACCACUGGAUCAGUGGAAGCACAUACAGUGAUUAUCUCAUAGCGCUGCAUCUAGCACCAGUCAGGCAGUUAGUACCCACAUUAGCUAGGCCUACCCCUUCUUGGGUUUGCGAGAAACUUCUGUCCUGAAUCCUCGCCUAGCAGUUGGUUGUAUAUAGAGCAGAGUUUUCGUUUCCCAAAAGACUGUCUUCAGUUUGGAUCACAUCUCAGACAAGAAGUUGGAUAUACUUGAUUCACUUAUUCAUUGUGUGGAGUUUUCCUUGAGAAAACUUUUGUGAUACUUUUUCAUUUGAAGAAAAAUAUACUUGGUUGGUCAGGUAAAAUGGCGUCACCUGUAGUGGUCCAAAUUCAGAGGAGUCACAUGAUGGAGCCUUGGGGUUUCCGGUUACAAGGGGGCCAGGAUUUCCGAAUGCAGCUUUCCGUCAAAAAGGUAGCACCCGGAAGUCCCGCUGACGGACGUGUCGGCGCCGGCGACAUUAUUCUGGGAAUCGGAAACUCAAACGCACAAAACUUGACACAUAUGCAGGCUCAUCAGUUGAUAAAAUCAGCAGGCCAACUUUUACAACUUACACUUCUCAAAGGCCAGUACAAAGGAUUCAGUGAUAUCAAGCCCAAAGGACCUGUCAAGUUUUCGCCAUGGAAACACUAAAAUAUCCCUGAACCCAAAGAUAUCAACAUCGGAACAUGUGUCAACAUAUGUGAAUUCUAAUUAUUAUAUGACAACGACCAUCAAGACAACAGUAACAUGUUUGCGAAAAUGCUGGACAAGGCGUUCCUUAUGUUUUAAAAAUGGGAGAUGCAGUGCUGUUUUGAAAAAGAAAUGAUUCUGCUUUCUACGAGAAAAAUGGAGCCGCGUGCUAAGAGCUGUUCCUUUAACAACCAAGGCCAAAUCCACGGGAAGGCUGGAUGUGGCCAUAUGGACAGGCAGAAUCGGUAACGACAGAUUUCGAGCAUGGCGGACGUUAAAGUGUUAACGCGGACAUUUCUACCGAAUAUGGGAGAUUGAUAUCGUAAUGUUAAAUUCGUCUUCCCUGUGUAUGUUGCAAAACGAGGCAACAUCUUUAUGUUAUAUACAGACGUGCCGUUUAAGACAAAUAGAUGUGUUUGAAACGAAAGAAAGCAAAUGUUUGACUGUACCCGUAGCAAAAUCCUGUUCUAAUGGUUUCAAGACAAAAGCUCUGAACGAAACAUUUUGGUGAGAUUUUAUUCUAGAGCUAUAUUUCAGAUCGUCACCAGAACAAGCCUUAAUGACUUUAGUUUCAUUGUAAAUCUAUCCUAGUAUCGAUACUAAGUAAAUCAUGAAACACAAUGGUGGUACAUUUUCGAUAAACACUACGAUACAUCAUUGUCUGUACCACUUUUUUUGACCAUGAUUAAGGUCGACUUCCCGCCAGCAUGGCAAGUCAGAUAGUCAGAUACAACGUCUGGCAAUUCAAAGCCAUUGUUUCGUAUUCGGAAAGGUCCUUUUGUAACAUUUAGAUGAGAGGGGCUUGUUUGUUAUGAUGAACUAGAUUGUGUAUUACUUCAAGUAUAAAAGAGUUUAUGUUAAGGCAUUGUAAUGCAGAAUGUGACAGUGGAAAAGUGGAAGACUUACCUUCUUAAGUUACAUGGAGAAAAUCCGCAGCUGGUUUCGAAUUGUUUUCAAAAACAGGUGAAAUAAGACAGUCUUACAAAAUACUGACUAUUAGGCCACAUAAUAUUCCUUUAAUUGUCAUCUGACAUAAAUGGCUCUGAUAGUGAUAGUCCUACCCAUUAUCCAACAUGCCUUAUAUGUGGAAAACAUAUCCAUGUUACUACAUAGUAUAUAAUUCCAAGAGAAAUUCUAAAAUAUUGAAAACAUGCAUAUUUAGGUGGCCUUGUAAGAAAAAGAGAAUAACAAGUAAACAAUAUUCAUACUCUAGCCAUGUAUAUACAUAAAUGCAUAGAGUUGUUUGAAUAGGUAAAUUCGGAGUUUCCCCCAAAAUAUUUUAGUCAUCAGGGGAUAAUUAUAUAAUUACUAGUCACAAGAAGCAACUAAUUGAAGAUUGCAACAAAAUUUAAUAACUGCACACAAGUUAUACAGUUAAAAGCUGGUCAGUUAUUAUUUACCUGA